AUUCUGCAAUAGAAACUCUCAAAAGACACAAUGGCUGAUGAAGGAAAAUUCAAAAAUUACAUCUGUAUCACCACUUCUGAACAGCAAAAGGAAAAUCUGAAAAAGAUGAUUAAAGAUAAGAAUAUCAUCGUUUUAGAUCAUGAAGAUCAUUAUGGUUUUGGAAGAAACGUUUAUCCUAAAACCCGUUGUCCACUUUCAAAGUGGAAGGUCUUUGAUUGGAAAGCAAUGGAUAAGAAAAUAUAUGACUAUAUGCUCAAUUGA